ACUCCAACCCAACGUCCACUGAGACGAACACGACCCUCCAGGGAGCAACCAUGGCCCCAGAACUCACCGCUGCAAAUGAAAAUCAACAAACCGUGAUAGCGCACAAGCUCAACGGAAGUAACUACCUCCAGUGGUCACAAAGUGUCCUAAUGUACCUCCGCGGAAGACGCAAAGAGAAGUAUAUCAAUGGUCAGGCACCACAACCAGCCUCGGAUGAUCCAAAAUUUGAUACUUGGUUUGCCGAGAACAAUCAAGUGAUGACCUGGCUGUGCAAUUCCAUGACACUGGAAAUCAGUGAAGGCUACCUAUUAGCGCAGACAGCCCAGGAAAUAUGGAAUGCAGCCAAACGAACCUAUUCUUCUAUGGACAACACUGCAGCACUGUUUCAACUAAAGAAACAACUUAGAGAACUCAAACAAGGUACUUUAACGGUAACCCAAUACUAUAGCUCUCUUAUGAGAAUAUGGCAACAAUUAGAUUUGUUUGAAGUUCACUCAUGGAAAUGUUUAGAUGAUACUCAGUAUUACAAAAAGCUAGUUGAAACAGAGAGAACCUAUGAGUUCUUGUUAGGACUCAAUGACACAUUUGAAGAAGUAAGGGGCAGAAUCAUGGGUCUUAAGCCCAUACCCUCACUUUUCGAAGCCUUUAAUAUGGUGAAAUGUGAGGAAAGCAGAAAACAACUCACUCAAACUCCAGUGACCCAAAAUGAAGCUUCUGCAAUGGCUGUCAAAAGUGGAAACACCACAGACCAGAAACGAAAAGGUGACAAAUGGUGUGAACACUGUAACAAAAGAGGUCACACCAAGGAGAUUUGCUGGAAGCUGCAUGGGAAACCUUCCAAUCUGAACAGCAGACAAAGAAAUGAAAGAAAAAGCUACCAUACAGAGAAGAAGGAGGAAGAGGAAGAGAAAUUAAGUCCAGAAGAGGUUCAGCUAUUGAGGCGAAUUCUGGAAAAACAGACCAGUACUCCAAAUGUUAACCUAGUAAAAUCAGGUAACUCUAUAAUUGCCCUAAAUGCUAUGGUGACUAGUGAUGAUGUAUGGAUUGUUGAUUCUGGGGCCUCAGAUCACAUGACUGGUAACAAAUCUCUGUUUAGCAAUAUUAAACUCUGUCAUGAAAACUUGAAAUGUGUGGAUUAGGAACUGUUGAAUUAACUGACUACUUGACCAUACAUAAUGUGUUAUAUGUGCCAGAGCUCACU